AUUAUAUAGUCAAAGGUCUGUGGUGUGAACAGAGUAUAGGUUAAGUAACUCGCUGUAGCGUUGAAGUAACUAGUUGAGAUCUCUUUCCUUAUAAAAAGAAAUUAAUUUAUUUUAUUUAUCGCCUGGGCCCAGAUAGACGUGCAUGUAUAUAAAAUAAUUUCUGUUUCGUGAGCAACUAUCCUACAGAUAUGGACGACAAACUUCGGCAGAUGGAAGAUGAGAUGAAUAGAUUUGAAGCUGAAAUUGGAGGGCAGCUUGUAACGCCAAUUGUAAGACCAGUGAUUGGUGCAAACACAUAUAAUCAGGUCGCUAGGCAAUUGGAACAACAUGAACUCACUACGCCAGUAGUUGCAGCAGCUGCGGCAGCGACAUUAGCGUUUCCUCCGAUGAUUGGGUUUCCACCACCGCCACCACCUCCGCCUCCACCUCCGCCACCACCGAUGUUAAUUCCUCAGCAAGUUACACGACAAGGUUCAGUUCCUAUUACGACGUACUCCUCGCCUGCACAAAUAAGCAAUCCAUACAUGUCAAAUAUGGUAGAUCCAUGUUUAAGUGCAACGCCAAAAACAUACGACUCUACAUCAACUUCAAUGAUCCAUCCAGAAAUUAUCGAGCAAAUUAUUAACACAAAAAUCCCUGAGGACGAGGGUAAGAAGAAGCCAAAAAUUAAAGGUGUUAGCACAGCGGCUGAAUUGGCUAUCAGCCAAGGAAAAGCAAGCUCCAUUAUGGCUAACGCUAGUGCAGAAGAGAGUCAUCCAAAGGGAAAAGGGAAGAAAAAUAAGAAGAUAAUAAGGACAGCCGGUGGACAAACCUGGGAGGAUCCUUCCUUAUUAGAAUGGGACGAUGAUGAUUUUAGAAUAUUUUGCGGAGAUCUGGGGAACGAUGUCACUGACGAGAUGCUAGUGAGGGUAUUCGGAAAGUAUCCUAGCUUUCAAAAGGCAAAAGUAGUCAGAGAUAAACGGACAAAUAAAACCAAAGGCUUCGGAUUUGUGUCCUUUAAAGAUCCACAGGAUUUCAUCAAGGCAAUGAAGGAAAUGAAUGGUCGGUAUGUAGGAUCGCGUCCCAUAAAACUUCGGAAGAGCUCCUGGAAACAAAGGAAUCUGGAGUCUGUACGCAAGAAGGAGAAGGAAAAGCAAGCGUUGAUUGGUUUGCUUACCGGCCGAUGACGAGAUAAAAAUUCCUUUUAUGCUUCGAUUAUUCAUCAAUAAAAUUAUAAAUAAUCAACGAUCGCCUCGAUAUUGGAACGAAGAAACAUGUCGGAUACAUCAUCGUGAAUGACGGCAACAAUAUUCAAUUUCAUCGUCGACUGUUUGGAAGAAUAUACAUGCCAAUAAAAUAAUAAUUAUAAAUUUGUUA